UAUUGUACGAUAGAAAAUGCAGGACAUCGACUUGUCUUCCACCUUCACACCAAUAUAUGGUUAUGUGAUCCGGGUUCUGGUCUGCAGCAGAAAAUGCUCGGUGUUUGAUUGUUAAUCGCUCGUUGCGGUGGCGUCAUCCCCGCCUCCCGCUCGCCGCCGCCUUUAUAUACGACCAUGAUCAACAUCAACUACACCACAGCAUUAAUCGCUAUCCAACAAUCUUUCCCAUCAACCACAAGAAAUUUAUAAUGUCUGCACAGGGCGACAUCACCGCCGAGAUCAAUUUCUACAAGGCCCCAGCCGACGGCUCCGCGCCAUUCGCCUACGUGGAGCAGCCGCCGGCGGGGCAACCCGAACAAAACUACUCCCAGACGCCGCAACAAGUGCCGCUGACGGACAUCCAAGGGCACGAGGACGAGUACAGCCUGGAACACGACGCCUUCUCAGUUGUUCAGGGCGUGCCGUCAGCCAUGGCCUACGCGCAAUUCGACUCCGACAUCGCGAUCCGCCAAAUCUACUACCCGGAGACGGAGCGACUCAUCUUGGAGCACGUCCCGGACGCCAAGCGCGUGGUGAUCUUCGACCACACGGUGCGCAAGCACGAUCCGACGGCCUCACGCCAGCCCGUGACCUUCGCGCACGUGGACCAGACCGCCGCCGCCGCGGCGCACCGCGUGCGCCGCAGCAUCGCCGACCCCGACGAGGCGGAGCGGCUCAUCGAGGGCCGGUUCCGCAUCAUUAAUGUCUGGCGGCCCAUCAACGGGCGGGUCGAGUCGCUGCCCCUGGCGUUCGCCAGCGGCAGCUCCACCGACCCGGCCGAUCUGAUCCCCGUCCAGCGCCGCUACCCCACCUUCACCGGCGAGACUAUGAGCGUGCAGUACAACCCCAAGCAGCGCUGGCUGUAUUGGUCCCAUAUCGACGACGAUGAGCGCAUUCUGCUGCAGUGCGCUGAUAAUAAGGAGGGCGUUGUCGCUAGGGCGCCCCAUACGGCGUUUAUUCAUCCGCGCUCUCCGCCUGAUGCGAAGCCGAGGGAGAGUAUCGAGGUGCGGGCUUUGGUUUUUGAUUGAGGUUGCAUGUUUGCGACGGAGUAUAUAAUUAGCGAUCAUUUGUGCGGAUAUUGACAGUGUUGGCAUUCAUAAAUGACUAUCUAUACAAGAUUACCC